AUGGUGAUGAAUGUGAUUCUCGAGAAAGUGAGUUUCUCACAUAUCGAGAGCGAAAGUCCUCUGGAUGAACAGAGCAACAUAGUUUUAGGAAGUUUGACUAUGAUUAAAUGUGAGUUGGAGGAUCAAAAGAUGCCUAAGCUUUUCAGUAAAAUCGAAGUGGAACAGGUGUUGGAAAUCAAAAAAUGCAAGAUCAACAUGCAAAUCCUUAAAGUGAUGGUAGAGAAGAACCGAGUUGAAAAAUUAACUUCUUUAAUCUUGGACAAAAACAAGAUGAGCAAUUUUCAUGAGGUCAAUAUUCAACAAUUGGUGCAGCUGACAAAGAUCAAAAUCAUAGUUAACGAAGCCUACCGUGAACCGAAGGCUAUGAUGAAUCAGUUGUGUCGUUCUCAUAGCAAAACAGAUGAGACAAAACGUGUACAAUCACUGGUAUCAGAUGGUUUUCUCAUCACAAUGCUUGGUUUGACACGAUAUGUUGAUCUGGAGAGGUUGGAAAUUACGAUAACAAAAGACAGUUGCGAUUUUGUUACGAACCACCUGUCCAUAGCACCGAGACUGAACCACUUAACGCUGCAUAUACAGAACACUGAUGUUGAUGUAGUUACGAUCUUGGAAGCUAAUCAGGCAAUCCAAAGUUUAACAAUACACGGAAACGACAUGUGCGCAGUUAAUGCAAAUGACAAGCAAAGCAGUGUUGAAUCAACGUGUCGAGAGAUCAAAUUGGUGGGCAUCAAUAUCCACAAACCAGAUCUCUUCCAGUACAUCGUUAAACUUAAGAACCUCGAGAAAUUUGAUAUAAGCAAGUCAAAUACCAAAUUUAGGUGUCUUAAGCGUGUUAAAAUGUUUCAGUCGUGUCGAUCUCAGGCUUUAUUGGUAUUUGCAGCGUACUCUGAUGAUUUGGUCACGUCAUUGAUAUCGGGUGAUUCCGGAUCAGUGAAACGAACCCGGUUCUCAAUCUUGACCGAUUAA